ACACAGUAUCGGGGACAUGGUCGGGAGUUGGUCGAGAAUGGCACUGGUAUGGAUCUGGUCGACGGUGUGGUGGCUGUGGGUGGUGACGGUCUGGUCAAUGAGCUGGUGAUGGGGCUACUCAUGGUAUCCAUCAGAAGAGCUGGUGUGGAUCCACAUGACCCGCAGGUUACGCUGCCCACCACCCACCUACGUCUCGGCAUUAUACCAGGUGGGAGCACGGAUGCCAUGUGUCAUGGCACUCAUGGCACCAGUGAUGUGAUCACCGCAGCACUGCACAUCAUUAUGGGUGACAGCCGGUGCGUUGAUGUAGCAGCUAUCUACAGGAAUGGACAGUUCCAAAAUGUUGCAACUACUAUGGUUUCGUAUGGAUAUUUUGGUGACUUGUUGAAGACAUCCGAGCAGUGGAGGAAGCUUGGACCCACUCGCUACUUGGUGUCUGGCUUCCUGCAGUUUAUGAGGAAUCGCUCUUACGAGGGACAGUUAAAGGUGUUGACUCCAGCAAACCCAUUAGCACAGCCCUACGACAUGAAUGGUUGCUGUCAUGAGUGCAGUGUGUGUGAUAAAGCUGCCAUGGCUGCACCAGCUGCUGGACAGUGGUUAAAGUUCACUGGCCGCUGGAGUGUAGUGACCUCGGCAGUGAUGUCCUGUGCUUGCCGCCUCUCUCCUUAUGGAGUGUCACCCUCAGCCCAUCUUGGGGACGGCUGUACUGACCUUAUUUUAGUGUCUGGAGGCUCAAGAUGUCGCAUCCUCAGCUAUCUCUUCCGAACUGCCUAUACUGGAAAUGCUGUGA